CAGCUGACGGACGGAGUGAGCGGGCGGCGGGCGCUAGAAAAUUACGGUGUUCAUUUUUUUCAAUUAUUUUUCGUGUGGUUUCUGACAAAAAGUGCAGUUGUGUAUUAAAAAUAGCAACAAACUUGACAACAAUUGCUUUUUCAAAUGCAAAUUUGUAAACCUGACGCAACUGCAGCAAAAGGAGAGAAGAAACGAUAAGUGAAGUUUUGAGCGAUUUCACUGGUGGCACUUAUUACUAUUGUUGUUGUUAUUGUCGUUGUUGUUGGAUAUGAACAAGGCGGGGAAGCACAUCCAGAGUGGAGGAGGCACCGCUCUGCUUAGCUCACCGCUGCUCGGCUCUACGGGAGUCGGUGGUGGAGGAGGUGGAUUAGGAUCAGGUGCGCCCGCUGGUGGAAUAAUAACGGCAAAUGGCAGCGCCACCAGCCCCAUGAAUGUGUUCAAUUCGAUAAUGAGCUUCCUGCCGGACAAUCGUCCCAUUACCUCGCUCCACAUUGUCGAAGACUUUGAGCGCUGCCCAAAGAACUUUAGUGCUAUACAUCGGACAUACGAUCAGGAUGCGGACGCAGAUCUGUGGCGUGAAAAUAAUCUACUCUUUGGACGCCAGACGACACGCUAUCUCUGCCUCUCCAAAUCCGAGGGUCUGCCCGAAUAUGUUGUUGAGACACUCAAAGUUAUUGCGGAGAAGGUGCCACCGCCAAAGGAAUUCUCGCUGCUCUCUCGCACCGCCGACAGCGAUCAGAAGGCGUGGCGCAAACGGCAAAUCGCCUACAAGUUGUCCAAACGUGGCACCGUCACCCAAGCGGUCACAGACGUCAUACUCUGCUCCAAACUGAAGAUAGCGCCCGAUGGCUUUAAGCUCGCCGGCGAUAUAAACGGUGUCCUCAUCUGCUAUAAAACCAGUGCCAUCGCCACACGACUGCCGCCACCAAUACCCGGCAUCCCCAGCUCCAACUCCAAUGCCAAUGCCAAUGCUAAUUCCAAUUCCAGCUGUGAGGUGGAACAGGCACUAAAUCGUCUCAAUUUGCAUGGACAACAGCAGCAGCGUGCUGGCGGAGCACGUGGUCCAUUGCCGCAGUUGCCCGCAGGUGGGGAACAUCAUGACUAUGAGGAGAUACAGGCGCACUAUCAAAUCAAUUCGCCACAGCGACCUGCGCCGCCACGUCCAGCAACCUCAGGUCGCUCUGGCUAUGGCGGCACUGGCACCCUGGGCACCUACACUGAACUCGAAGGUGUGCCAUUCAUCUUGAAUCCGUUGCUGCAGCGCAGCCAGCCCAUUACUGAAUUGCCUACACUGCCCGACAUCUCAACGUUGCUGAAAACGCUGGAUUAUGACUUUCAACUGGAGCGCCAGAUUCUGUGCACCAUGAAAUCGUCGGCCUCCAAGAAUCCAUUCUUCAAAUAGUUAGUUAGCAACUUAAUUAAAUUGGACGUAUUAAACAAUUAACAAACUAAUCUAAAUUCGAAAACAA